AUGUUGUCGAAAGCGGACGUUGACCUCUACGAGGUCUUGGGCAUUGACAAGAGUGCCGGCAAAGAUGAUAUCCGGAAGGCAUAUCGCAAGGCCGCUCUAGCAAAUCACCCCGACAAAGUCCCCGAAGCCGAAAGACAAGAUGCAGAGGUCCGAUUCAAGGCCGUGCAGGAAGCCUACGACAUCCUCUACGACGAAGAGAAGCGUGAGAUCUACGAUACCCAUGGAAUGGGCGCUUUCAACGGCUCCGGUGAACCGGGUAUGGGCGCGGGCCCUGAUUUGGAUGAUAUUCUUGCGCAGAUGUUCGGUGGUAUGGGAGGUAUGGGCGGCAUGGGCGGAAUGCCCGGUGGUCCGCAUGCGCGUAAGCCGCGCAAGAGCCCGGAUGAGGAGCAGAAGUAUGAGGUUCGCCUGGAGGAUCUGUACAAGGGCAAGACGGUCAAGUUUGCCAGCACGAAGAAUGUGAUUUGCUCUCUGUGUCAGGGCAAGGGUGGUAAGGAGAGGGCGACGGCCAGGAAGUGCUCCACUUGCGAUGGUGAAGGUUACAAGCAGAUUUUGCGCCCGAUGGGUCAGUUCCUGUCUCCGGCUAUGGUUCCCUGCCCUACCUGUAACGGAGCGGGUGACUACUUUGUCGACAAGGAUAAGUGCAAGAAGUGCAAGGGCAAGAAGACCACCGAGGCUAAGAAGUUGCUGGAGAUCUACAUCCCUCGCGGGGCGAGGGAAGGAGACAAGAUCAUCCUCGAGGGCGAGGCCGACCAGGUGCCGGGUCAGGAACCUGGAGAUAUCGUUUUCCACAUCGUGGAAGAGGAGCACGAGACUUUCCGAAGGGCUGCUGCCGAUCUGACGGCAACAAUCGAUGUUACGCUGGCCGAGGCUCUGACGGGCUUCUCCCGGGUGGUAGUCAAGCACCUUGACGGUCGCGGAAUCGAAAUUCAGCACCCCAAGACCCCAGGUGAGGUUCUGUAUCCGGGCCAGGUCCUGAAGGUGCCUGGUGAGGGUAUGCCCAUCAAGCGCAGCGAUGCCCGUGGUGACCUGUACCUGGUCGUCAACAUCAAGUUCCCCGACGGGAAAUGGAAGCCCAGCCCUGCUGUUCUGGAGCAACUCAAGGAACUGUUGCCCAAGCCGGAACCCCCUAUUCAGGCUGACACCGUGGACGAGGUAGAGUUCGACCCCAAGGGCAAUCUGGAUGACUUUGGGGCGCAUGACCCCGAGGGGGGUUCUGCAUGGGAGGAUGAUGAUGAGGACAAUAGACCUUGUGCAGAGAGCUCCCUAGUCCGAGCCAUGUAUCAAGUAGAAGCGAUUGAUAAUCUGUGGGUACCCGUGGGGAAGGCAAAAGCGAUGUGCGAUGAUUUACUAACUACCGGUAGAAUGAGUAGCAUAGAGUCUGACUAG